GGAGGGAGGAUAAAGCAAGAAUAGAGACAGAAAGGAGAACAGAGGCACAGAAAAACAGAUCAUUAUACAGCAAACGAGCAAGAGGCCGCUGAAUGAAUAACAAGGAAGGGAUUACAAAGCGCAGGACUAAAAAAAGGAGAGAAUGCCGGCUGAAGACUCUCUCUCCCUCUACUCUCUCUUUCUCUGACUCCCUCCCUCCCCCUCCUCCUAUCCUUCCUGUCACCCUCCCAACUCUCUCAGAGGCUCUCCCUCUCAGGCGAUCUCCUCAGUAAAAGAUGGCAUGAGCCCACUGUCACCCAUCCUCAGCUUGUGGAGCGUUUCGUUCGCCUCAUUUUCUCUCUCUUUCUGUCACUUUCUGUCUGUCUCUUUCUCCUCUGAUCCCUCCACCUCUUUGCUCCACACGGGUUCAGUGCAGAGGGUGAAGAGGAGGUAGACAGAAGCUGACCUCUCCCCUCUCCCCUCCCUCCUCGCACCCUCAAGGCCCAGAGAGAGAGAAAGAGAGAGAGCCGGAGCAGGGAGCUGUCUGAUGACUUACUCCAACAACGAGCUCCUUAACCCGGCCAACCACAGCCCCGAUACCCACCUGCCCACCACCCUCCCAUCCUCCCAUAACCCAGACUCUUCUACCCAUGAUCCAGGACCAUGUUUGGAUUAAAGACUCCACACUUCUACCUCCCAGGUAUGAACCAUGACUCCAAUAAAUCACCAUCAUUAGGAAUGAUCUCCACGGCAACUCGCACCACGGCUACUGUCAGUCCCCUCAGCCCACUAACCAAUGGGAACGCAGUUGCCCAAUCUGCAAACUCCGGAUUCGCUGCUGCUCUGCGUAAACUGGCCAAACAGGCCGAGGAUCCCAGAGGUUCUGCCAUCAGUGGUGAAUCGUCUCCAGUCUCUUCCCCGGCCACCAGCCACAGUUCGCCGGUCACCACACCUAAGCGGGGCUCAUUAGGGCCCCUCCUGGGCCAGACCAGGGGUCACGGUGUCCCCGGCACCCCUCCGGUAGUCACCAUUGCCCCCACCAAGACCAGCAACGGCCUGUGGAGGGCCGACGGACGACAGGUAGAGCCGAGUGUUCAGGGACUCGGUAGGGAGCGGGUGGGUGCUGAGAACGCCCAGUCACAGCAGGAUAAGAGGACCCCUCCCACCCAUUCACCUCACCACCUGGCUCACCACUUUGGCCUCACCCCCAGCUCCGUCAUGCAAGACCCCAGAUUACAGAGCCUUAGUUUGCCUGGGCAGAUGCACCCUGUUGUUCAGUCGGGCGCCGUCCCAGAGGAGUACCUGAGAGCGCUCCGGCCCUUCGCCACCUCAGAUGACCUCCGACUGGCCUCUCUGCCCCUGAGUCUCGACCCUGCUGCCGCUGCCCACGCUGCAGCUGCUGCUGCUUACUAUCAUCCUGCCUACCUGCACCACCCGCUGUCCUUACCAAGGAUGGAGGAGUCUCUGUGUCUUUCUGCACUACGGUCGCAGUUCUAUUCUGUGCCUGCAGGGGGCGCCUUCUCUCCUCUCCACCCCUCUGCCCUCCACUUGCACCUGCCUGGAGGUCGCUACCCUGGGGAACUAAACCACACAGCGUUGGCUGAGAGGCUACAGAUGGAGAAUGAGCUCCGCCAGCGAGAGAGACAGCAAGAGCGUGAACGAGAGAAAGAAAGGGAGCGCGAGGCAGGGCUGGAACGGGAGCGCGAGCGCGAGAGGGAGAGAGAGAGGGAGGAGGAGAGGGGGAGAGAGCGGGAGAGAGAGCUGGACAGACAGAAGGAGAGGCAGAGGGAGAGGCAGCAGCAGAUGGUCAGAGCGGCAGAGAGCCACUACCUGGCUGAGCUGCAGGCUCGGAGGGCACCACCCGAGGACAGGGGCAGGCCAGGAGAGAGGCUGACCCCGAACAGACUGGAUAAAACCAAGGAAUCAGAGCAUCCAGGUUUCCAGGCACCCAAACCUCUCUCCCUGCAGCCUGGCCUUCACUCCUCCAGGGGGUCUAUCCCACACGCAGUGCCCAGCCUGGUACCUUCUCACCUGGGGAAGCAUUCUGCUGCUGCUGCUGGGGGGAUCCAUGGAGCUCUGGCGGCUGCCAUGAUGACACAGAGGGUGAACGAGGCAGCAUGGUUGAGCCGGCAACGAGGGCAAGGGCAAGAGAGGGAGGGUCCGCUGGAGAUGGGACUCAGGUCACCUGGGAAAGGGGUGGAGUCGAGGAGAGACAUCCACAGAACCAAUUCAGUCCAUCACAACACAGGCAGCAAAGAUGUACCUCCCUGCCUUGGGGCUCCACCUCCCCUUAUCUCCCCUAAAGGACCCCAUCAUCCCCCUGCCCCUCCGACUACACUGUGGAACCCAGCCUCCCUUGUCGACACCCCUGUAGACUCCCGCAGGAAACUCAACCCUCCUACACCUCCAAGUCGGCCGCCUCCGGGACUGACCAGAGCCGACAGACCCCCCCUGAGCUGGGGGGAGAAGCUGGAAGAUGGGGGCAGGAGGAGGGCAGAAGGCAUAGAGAGGUACACCUCACUUAGGGGAGCUAGUUUACAAGAAGCAGGUUCGUGGAACAAGGCAGAACAGGACAGAGCCAUCCAGAGCCUCUAUCAGCGGCAUCACAUCAAUAACCUCCACCAGAGAUCUUGUGUGCCUCCGUCUACUCCCGGUGCCUGCACUGACCUCGAGGGGCAACGCCAGGCAGCCUCUCCGUCUCCAGUGAGGGAGCGACAGAGUCAGCCGCCCGACAGCAUGUUGGUGUAUGACGAGGUUCUCCAGCAGCACCGCCGGCUGCUCAGCAAACUCGAUCUGGAGGAGAAGAGAAGGAAGGAGGCCAGAGAGGGAGGUUAUUACUAUGACCUGGACGAGUCAUAUGAUGAGAGCGACGAAGAGGAGGUGAAAGCCCAUUUGAGGAGAGUGACAGAACAGCCCCCGCUCAAACUGGAAGCAUCCUCCGAGAAAGUGGAUUUUCUGCGUGUGUGUGGUCUGACCACACUGGCCCAUCGUGAUGGGCUUCUGGCACGGAAGAGGAGGAAGAGGAGGAGGAUGAUGAGAGAGCGCAGCCUCUCUCCUCCAGCCGUGCGGGGCAAGAGGAAGGCCUCUUCACCUUCAACACCUACAACUCCCUUAACUACCCCAUACUCUGCCGAACAGAUGGACAGCACCCCUGAGCUGGGGGAGAAAAAGGACUUCCUCCUUAUGUUCAACCUUUCUCAUGUCAGCCCACAGCAGAGGAGAGAUAAGGAGAGGACAGAGGAGCUGCUGAGGGCCAUUCAGAGGAAGACCGUGACGUUAGACACACUCAGAUAUAAUCCUUUACCUCCAUGUAGCAGUCCUUCUGCUCCCUCAGCUGGUGACUCCUCGUCAGCUCCUCUGCCGUGUCAAUCAAACGGACAUCUGUACCCAGACUCUCCAAGCCCCUCCCCGCCGUAUGUACACAAACCUAAACAUCUCCUCCAUAAUGACACAUUCAAACCCUCCAUGGACAGCCAUGUGGCCCGCGUCCCUCCACCCUUGGCCGUUCAUCAUGAAAAGGCUGAAUUCACGGAGCCAAACAGGAAGCACCAGGGCCUCCAGAAUGGCGUUGUUGCUUCUCCCCAGAAAAAGGAGCCCAGUCCUGUGCAGAAUGGAUGGAAUCGGCCCUUGGAGAGGUUCACGCCUGAGUCCUUUGCUCAGCACUUCCACCAGGCUGUGCUGCAGUCCACACACAACACGCUGCAGAACAAAGGAGUCUCCAAUUGCAUCCCCGAGGCUGGCACGAAGGCCGACCGCUCGUUGUUUCACAGCAUCUCUCAACAGAAGAGUUCAAACGUUAAUCAUGUCCCUCAGCAGGCACACAUCAACGGCCAUCACUUCCACCAUUUCCCUGUAGGCAGCAGGGACACUCCAGGACCACGGGAAAACCUGUCUGAUGAGGACGAGGAGGAGUCUGGACAGGAGGAGGAAGAUGAGGAGGAGGAGGAGGAGGAGAUGGAAGAAGCUCCAAAGAAGUGGCAGGGUAUUGAAGCUAUUUUUGAGGCCUACCAGGAGUAUGCGGAUGCGUGGAGUAUAGAGCGGCAGGUUCUUCACAGUCAGUGUAAAAGACUUGAAGCACAAAAUUACAACCUGACCAGAACUGCAGAGCAGCUUUCUCUCACUAUGGGGGACCUGGUGAGUCAGAGGCAGAAAGUGAGAGAGGAGAGGGAGAGACUGCAGGCCCAGCUCGAGCACUUCAGGAGGUGUUUGACACUACCUAACAUUCACUGGGGCAGGAGGCAAGUCAACGGGCACACACCGAGGUGACCUCUGACACUGACUCUCUGGCAGAUAAUGCCUCUGACAGCGGAGGAACAGUAACAAGAACAAGACAGACUGGAGCCAGACCACUCUCUGCACUUGAAGCACUUGAAGGAGCCAGUCCUUGUCUUGUUACCCUUCUGGCCAGUCAGUUAUGUUACCUGACUGGUUCCAGAUUCAACUGAUCACCUGCCAUGUUCGCCGCGGUAACUGUACACCGCGGUGACCGUAUAGUCUGGGCAAAUUCCCACUCUCUGUCACUCUGCCCAUGGAUAAUAACACUGUGUGGGUGAAACAGCGUCUUUGUCAGAGUAACACUAACCAUUCCCACUAGUCCCUGAGAUGGCUUUAAGGACUUUCCACCAUUUAGCUCAUAUCAUAUGAAUUUCUGCAUAAACUGUAUUUAUCCAAGCUUGGUACAAAUCCGUAGUCUCUGGACAGCGGUAAGAAGAUACUUAAAGCGCGCAGUGGUCACUUGGUUAAAACUCAGAGAAUGAAAAUUGAGUCAAGGAAUCAAAGCACACCUCAGGCCUUAAACUUGAUAGGAUGCACUUGAAAUGGAAUUGGGAGGAAAUACUUGACUAUCCUCUGUGUGGUAUAAUGUUGUAGCGUCUACUGGGCACCGUGUCUGACGGAUGACACAGUUUGUGUGCUGGUGAAGAGGAUAGGAAACAUCUAAAAGAUAGUAUCUAUAUAAUGGUAUCAAUGAAGUUUUUUGAGGUUUAAUACACUUUUCCAUUGGUGAAAUCACUCGCGGUAGACGAAGAAUUUUGUAUGUUUUAUCGUUUUAACCAUUUGCUUGUGGGAAGCCAUAUGUUCUUGUUUUGAAUUGCUGCUGGUCAGAAUAAAAAUGUUUAGAAAAUUAAGGGUGUUAGGACAGUUGUAUUUGAGGAAAAUGUUAUGUGAUGUCAAAAAUGUUUGAGGGGUUGGACCACUGGCGAUGGAUGACAAUAUGGCGAAACAUCAGGUUUUUGUCUCGCAGCAUUAUCAAGUUGUCAUGAUUAGUUCAGAGGUUUAUCCCCCAGAGUCGGUGCUCUAAGCCCUCCACACGCCUAUAAAUAUAUACAAAACUUGAAUAGAAAAAAAAAAAAACUAUCUACACAUGUUCUUAAAUAAUUGGCAUCAUUUGAGUGACAUGACUGAACUUUUAGGCAUACUGUCCAACCUUACCACACCUUUCUGAAGGUGGUUUAUUGUGGCGUUGUUUCGAAAAAUUAAGUUUAACUGAUUUUGUUGAGAAAACUAAUAAGCCAAAUUAUUAUACGGUUAAGUUUCAGGACUGUGUCAAGACUAAUAAAUUAUUUCUUUAAUUGUUGAUGGGUGACAUAAACAUCAGAAUUACACUAUCCUUCUGCGAAUAACAAUACAACCACACCUUCUCUGGUCUUUUGAUGAGAUUUAUUUCCAUCCAGCCAGACAAAAAUAUAUCACAAAUUCAUAAUUUCUGCCUCCUUCCCCUUUUGAAUGUUAAAAUCCCAGGAGUCUGUUCGUACAAGCACAACGGUAGCAAUGUCCCAAAAUCAUCUGACCUUCCUGUGUCACCUGUUCAGUCUCCUCUACCAACCUUCUGUGAAAUCCUGCAUAUUUGUUUCAAUCAGUUGUUAUGUAAUGUAUUAUUUGGGACGUAUAAUUGUGAUGAAUUAUUUAUUAACAUAUAUUGCUGUAAAGUCUGAUGGAAAUUUACAAUAAAAUAUUUGUAAAAUGUC